CUCCUGGUCAGCAAAAGUACACCAGUCAUACCAUGGCUGGCAAUGACGUCACCUCCCCGGAUACUCGGAUGGCCUCCAGGUUUUCCUACAAAACGACCGACACGUGGAGUUUGCUAACCUAAAUGGGCCCAAGUAGUAAUAAUAGCGACGCUUUGGAUGUCUUUGAUUCGUCCACGGCCGUCACCAUGAUGCAACCAGCAGCAAAGCCCUAAGCCUUUAAAUAGAUCGAUCUCCUGCCAAGAAGAUUUUCCAUAGCCAAGCUUUCGUCGUUCCGUCAACUUCACCUCUUUCGAUAGCUUGACAGAAGAUCGGAGCCAUUAUACCUGUCCAAAAUCACUGCAUUUUAUCACACUAUUCACAAUGCCCUCGAAGAAUGAUGCUCAUCAUCUGCAUAAGGUUGGCCAGUGGAUGCCAGCAGAUCAUGCCGCUCAUCGGGAGUGGCUCGGAGGAGUAAUUCAAAAGGUCGACCAGAGCGACAAAUCCCUCCAUCCGGUGCUUGAAGAAUUCAAGCAGUUGAUUGAGAGCAACACGAGGGUGUACAUGCUCCUAACCGGCAUGUUUAGAGAAGUCCCGCACAAGAAACCAUACAGCAAAGAUCCUACUGGUACCGCACAGAUCCGUGACUAUGACCAUUUUCUACGAGUUCUUAAUCAUCUCCUCACCUCGGCUCCGUCAUGGACCGACAAAGCCCAUAGAGUCGGACUGGUCGGGCUACCCAUCAAUGCCGUUCUCGACUGGGCUAUGGGGACUCCCAGUGGAUAUGCCGCAUUCUUGGACCCGGAAAUCAAUGCCAUGCUAAAGAAAGUUCUCAAUGCGUGGGGAGAAUUCUUGCGGUCUCCCGCUUCAGCCGAAGUUUUGAACAACACCUCUCAUGGCUGGUUCGGCGAGACGGGCCACCGCGACCUAACACUCGCAGCAAGAGUUGGUCCCAGCGCGGCAGAGAAUUUGCAAUUCCAGGACAUGUUCCAGUGCGACGCUUCUGCACCGAGCUUUGGCUUCAAAUCCUGGGACGAUUUCUUCACGAGACAAUUUUCCGAAGGAAUGCGCCCGGUUGCCGAGCCUGACAAUGGUCGCGUGAUUGCCAACGCAUGUGAGUCCAAGCCAUACCGACUGGCUCACAAUGUCCGCGCCCGUGACCAUUUCUGGAUUAAGAGCCAACCGUAUUCUGUGCUUGACAUGUUGGGUCAUGAUGAGCUUGCCUCGCAAUUCGUUGGUGGAACGGUCUACCAGGCAUUCUUGAGCGCGCUCAGCUACCACCGUUGGCAUGCGCCCGUCGCCGGAAAGGUCGUGAAGGCCUAUGUCAUCGAUGGCACUUACUAUUCUGAACCGCUCUUUGAGGGUGUUGGUAAUCCGCAUGCUCAGACCGCAAAAAUCGAUAUGGAGGGACAGGUCAUCUCACAGUCGUACAUUACCGCAACCGCCACCCGUGCUCUUAUCUUCAUCGAGGCUGAUGAGCCUUCGAUUGGAUUGAUGGCUUUUAUCGGCGUGGGAAUGGCAGAGGUCUCUACUUGUGAGAUCACGGUCAAUGAAGGUGAUCACCUCAAGAAGGGUGAUGAAAUUGGCAUGUUCCACUUUGGUGGAUCUACUCAUUGUUUGCUGUUCCGGAAGGGUGUCAACGUGUCCGGGUUCCCAGAGCCAGGAAGAGAGGAGAACGUACCUGUUCGGAGUCACUUGGCUACGGUGUCUUGAUAGAGAGAAGAUCUUUGGUCUUGACGGAUAACGCAAGCAAUGAAUCCCCAUAUUGCUGACAGCCUGAUUGAAAAUCAGACACAUAUAUGUAAAUAUAUCCGGUAUCUAGGGGCUUCGCAUAGAGGUGGGAGCAAAUAGGAGCUUACAGCACGUGCUAUGAGAGCUGGAACGGGCUACAACAGUACUCCGUAAGUGUUUAUGUACCGAAGGAAGGUUGUAAUCAAACUUCUUGAGUGAAUCGCUCAGAUUCGGUGGAAUAUGCGUGCUUGCAUUUUAUCC